AUGAGCGAGAAGAUCAUCGAGGGGGUGGCAGCCGCCAUCACAAAAGCGAGCGAAGACGCCGUCGAGAAGCAGCUCAAGCAGGUUGAGGAGCGGCUGGUUGCUGCGGUGCUGAAGGGUUUCGAGAAAGCCAUCAUGGAGGACAUGUUAUGCUCCACCCUCCCACCCGAGACCAUGAAGGAGCUGAAGGACAUUGUGAGGGAAGGCUACCAUGAAGCCGAAGCAGGGAGGUUGGAAGUCCUCACCGAAGCGAUGGCGAGAGGUUAUCAGCGCUCGGCGGGCCCGUCGACGAGGUCGCGUCAGGAGGGUGUGGGAGGGGUUCGCAGCGGGGCUGAGCCUCGUGGUCACGAGCAGUCGGUUCCUCCGUCUUCUUCGGUGGGAGGACAUGUCGGCAGCCCGGUUGGAUCCCCACCGGCGCGUGGUCGUCAUCCCGUCACCAAGCCCGUCGAGGAAGUCAUCGUACUCGACCAGUCGCCCCGCCCGAAGACCUCCGUAGCGGCUCCGAUCGAUCCACCUGAUGCGUUUGCUUCGAUGCGGGACAUGCUGCAAGGCCUGGGGAAAACGGGUGGGAAAGGAGUGGUCGUGGGGGAGAAAAGUGGUGCCCCGAACGAGGACGUCGCCUCGACCGGGAACAGAGCUCUAGGAAUGCGAGGUGCCUCUACCCUGUCAGGCGGCGGUGCGGGGAAAGGAGCGGGAGAAGCAAGCGCUGGGUUGCUGUCGAAGACUAAAGCGGCAUCAGCUGCGCAAGGCGGUGGUGCUGGCCUUGCUGUCGGGCUUGUGGGAAAUUGGGCGUCUUCCUCGACCCCUCCAGUUGCUCCUGUCGCCGCUGCUCCGUCCGUAGGCAACGUUUGUCUUAGCGAUCCGGGCUCCCCUUCAAUGUCGAAGAAGAAGCCGGCUGCAACGAAGUCGUCGAAGCGCGUUGCACACGCGACAGAGAGCCUUGACGUGGUGGAGCUGGCCAGCGUCCCUGGUCAGGCGACUGUCGAGAAGACCUCUAUUGUCGUUGCUGCUCGACAGGAAAAGGCGAAGAAGGCCAGGGUCACGGGUCACACCCCACCUCCUCGACCGGACGACCAAGGCAAGACGAGAGGCUGCAAACGUCCGUUCAAAGGACCGGGUUUCGGGUUGCGGAAGGGGAAGCCGGUUUCCGAGCUGACCGUCGGCGGGAGGAAGCGGUUCCUUGGCACUUUUGAAACAGAGAAGGACCAGAAGUUCUAUACGGCCGUCUGCUGGCGUGUGUACUUCCCCGACGUUGUCCUUACGGAGUACGAAGGGUACAGGGCGCAGGAUGAGGAGGACUGGAAGGUCUACCUCGAUGCGGCCGCAGAAAUGCCAACCGGCGGCAUGGCGGCGACACCGCACAUGAUGGCCAUCGCAGCAACUGUGGCGAGCUUGUGGGCGGCCAGCAGGAAGUUGUCGAGGGAGGAUAUUAAGAAGGAUGCCCUAGCUGCCGCAAACGCGGCGAUCUACGCCCCGGAGACUGCAAAGAAGGCUUGUGUGGCUGCCAUGUCCGCACUCGUGUCCAUACUUUUGCACGUCGGCAAGACGUUCCCGGCGAAGCAGUGGCCCGAUCACCUGUAUUCGUCGGCUGUCGAAGGUCUCGGCUCGACGGACGCCAUACUGCUGCAGAUGCUGCGCGUGGCAGCACAGGUCUGUACGCAAUGGUGCUGCUGUCGAGCUGCUGCCCGCUUGCUGGAGGACGCGGGCUAUGGCAGCCUGGCUAUGCCAGAAGAAAAGAGCAAGGCGAAGCAGGGCGACGAGGAUGCAGCUGAGACGGAAACGGGCGGGCAAGGGGAGUAG